GCACAAGGCAUGAUUUCAUAUAAGAAUAUUGGAGACAAGGAGGACACUUUAAUGGACAUCGCUGAGCUGUACUUAAGUGAGUUAGCCUCCAGGUCCAUUGUUCAAGUUGAAAUGAAACUUGAUUAUGAUGUCGGAAAUAGUACAAAAUAUGGUAAAUGCAAACUUCAUGAUGUAGUAAGAGAACUAUGUUUGAAAUUGGGAAAAAGGGAGCAUUUUGGUGUGCAGAGUUUGGAGUAUAAAGGUGGGAAACUUAGUACCUUACUACGGGAAGCUUCGUCGGAUAUGAAGAUACAACAUUUAGCUAUCCAUUUCAGAAGUGAAGUCGAGCACGAGCUUAUAAUCGCUCGUGGAGAAGAUACUAGCGAGCAUAUAAGGUCUAUUCGAUUAUCCAAUCAUAUAGGAUCGAAUGUUGUUGAGUUCCCCCCACGAAGUGUGGUUGAUAUUCAGAAAUUCAAAUUGGUAAGAGAUCUAGUUUUUUCUAGAAUCAAAUUUGCAGGAGGAAAGUUACCGAGAGGAAUCACUAAACUUGUUCACCUUAGAAGUUUGUUUUUACAAAGAUGUGAACUUGAUAAGCUACCCUCUUCCAUGAAGAAUUUGGUAUAUAUGGAUACCCUUGAUUUGAGGUAUUCAAGGAAUGUUGAAGUUCCAAAUGUUUUUAAGGAGAUGUUGCGAUUAAAGCACUUGAUUCUUCCUAUCUAUACAAAUGCAAACAUUAGAAAUUAUCGACUAAGAUUGGAUGAAGGAGUAUAUGAGUUGGAGACUCUAGCAUUCUUUGAUAGUAGAUGUCAUGAACUUAAAUGUAUGCACAGAAUGAAGAAUCUCCGAUAUUUUAUAGCAAGAAUAUACGAUAAUGAAAGCUUGUCAGCUAUCAUGAAUGGCAUUAUGAACUCGAACAAGAUACAGUAUUGUCAAGUAAGCAUUCAAGAAAGUUGCGACUUAACAAGCGAGGGAAUGCUGGAGAAGGCUUUGACAUGUCCCAAUCUUUUUGAUUUGAAUAUUGAUUCUAAGUCAGUGAAGGCGAUAGCUAAGUGCGAGAGUGAUUUGUUAAGCUCCAAACUUAAGUGUUUAAAUUUGUUUGAUUGUGAGAUUGAGGAUGAUCCAAUGUGGAUACUGGGAAAGCUUCCUUGCUUGAUAAGAUUGAAAUUAUAUCGGAAAUCAUUUGUUGUGGAGGAGAUGAGGUGUCCAGCAAACAGUUUUCUUCGGCUCAAGAGGCUAGCAUUAAGAGGUUUACCAAAGUUGAGGGAGUGGAGAGUGGAGUCAGGAGCCAUGCCCCUUCUCUCUAAAUUAACAAUCAGCAGAGUGUUCUUGUCUAGAGAUGGUUCCAGAGGGAUUGAGUGGCAUUUCUACCCUUCAGACUCUCGUAAUUAAACAUAUGCCGGAAUUGAGCGAAAGGGUAUCACCAUCAGGACAGGAUUUCCACAAAGUCCGCCAUGUCCCUUCAAUUAUCAUCAAGGAAUAGUCUUCACCAGGUGAAUAUCUACCUUUCUCUAAAGGGUACAUUCCUUGGUAAGGUUAUAAUGGCUCUCUAACUCUUUGUAAGAUUGUAUCGCCUUGUAUUUUAG